AUGCCACAUUUCCAGGCUGGCGGGGCGAUCAUCAAGGCAUGGAACGCGGCCAAGCCGGGAAUCUCCCAGGACGUCGUUGCAUACGACUCGGUGGGAUCAGGCGCCGGAAUCACCGGAUUCAACGGCGGCACCUACCUCAUUGCCGUCUCCGAUGAUCCCAUGACCGCCGCGCAAGAGGGAGGCGUCGUCGCCAGCGGCAAGAUCACCGUGCCUCUCUGCGUCUCCACCUUCAGCUUCUUCGUCAACGGAAAGCCUGGCAUCGUUCUGACGGCCACCCAGACGUUCCAGAUCUACAGCGGCGCGAUCACCGCGUGGUCCGCCGUUCCCGGCGCGGUGGGCAAGGUCGCGGGCGCCAUCACCGCCGUGGGGCGCAGCGACAAGUCCGGAAGUACCGCCAUUGUCAAGACCAUGUGGUCUAAGGCCGUGUCCGGGUACAGCGGCGGCACGGACGGCACAGCCCUGACUUACGCCGGCGUCACCAAGGUAGAGGGCACGAGCGCCGUGUGCGCCGCCGUGCUCAAGACCAAGGGCGCCAUCGGUUACGCGUUCACCGGCGGAUGCAGCGUCGUGCCUUACAACGCCAGGAAGCCCAACAACCCGAAGCGCGUGAUCGCCGCGCUCAAGAACGCCAAUGGCGUCGCCGUCGGGCCGCCCUCGUGGACCCCCGGGACGGCGCUCGUGGGCGCGCCUCCCGCAGCCGACGGGUCCUGGAGCAGCGUGGACUUCAUCUGGAAGGCCGGAGCCAAGACCCCUGCGAUGGUUUCCAUGGAGUUUGGGUUCAUCCGCAAGUCGCUGACGGGCGUGACUGGCGGGAAGAUUGCCAAGGCGUUCAUGCAGUUCAUGAUUGGGAAGCUGGCAAAGGGUGGGUAUGGGUUCAACGCGGUGCCUGCUGGUUGGAGGAACCCGUCCAUUGCCAUGCCACCCCCAUAUUUCCCCCCUGCUUAUGCACUGCUUCCCCCCUGCUUACCCUCUGUUCUUCCCUUCUUACCCUUUGUUUCCCCCCCGCUUACCCCUUGUUUCCCCCCUGAUCUCUCUUCCCUCCCUGCUCUCUCUUCCCUCCCUGAUCUCUCUUCCCUCCCUGAUCUCUCUACCCUCCCUGCUCUCUCUUCCCUCCCUGCUCUCUCUUCCCUCCAUGAUCUCUCUUCCCUCCCUGCUCUCUCUUCCCUCCCUGAUCUCUCUUCCCUCCCUGCUCUCUCUUCCCUCCCUGAUCUCUCUUCCCUCCCUGAUCUCUCUACCCUCCCUGCUCUCUCUUCCCUCCCUGCUCUCUCUUCCCUCCCUGAUCUCUCUUCCCUCCCUGCUCUCUCUUCCCUCCCUGAUCUCUCUACCCUCCCUGCUCUCUCUUCCCUCCCUGAUCUCUCUUCCCUCCCUGCUCUCUCUUCCCUCCCUGAUCUCUCUUCCCUCCCUGCUCUCUCUUCCCUCCCUGCUCUCUGUUCCCUCCCUGCUCUCUCUUCCCUCCCUGCUCUGUCAUCCAUCCCUGCUCUCUCUUCCCUCCCUGCUCUCUCUUCCCUCCCUGCUCUCUCUUCCCUCCCUGCUCUCUCUUCCCUCCCUGCUCUCUCUUCCCUCCCUGCUCUCUCUUCCCUCCCUGAUCUCUCUUCCCUCCCUGAUCUCUCUUCCCUCCCUGAUCUCUCUUCCCUCCCUGUUCUCUCUUCCGUGGUGCAGCUCGUCAGGCAUGAAGCAACCAAGCAGACAAGCUAG